AUAUACAUUACUAAAUCUCUGAAAAAUUACUGGUAUAACUUUAUUUUUCUUGUUUAUGAUUUUAGUUUUGACAUUUAUAUUAAAGUGCACAUGGCUUCUUCUUGAGGGAGGUCUUCUCUCAUCUCUAUUCCCCAAAACCCACAUUUCUUAAUUCCAAAAACCUUAACCCCCCUCACAUGCAUUCUCUCUCUUAAUCUCUAAUUAAUCACUUUCUCUCUCUCACUAAUCUGUAGUUUAGUACUGAGUUUUAAGACUUUUUCUGUAGAAUUCAGAAAGAAAGGAGGAAAAAAUCUAUCUAAUCGUGUUGGGAUCAACAUUAUUAAGAGAGAAAAUUUUGCAUAAAAAUAUAAAAACUUUUGUUUAUCUUACACUGCUAAUACUAAUUAUACAACAAUUAGCUACUGUUUGAUUGAUAUAUUUUGAUGGUUUGGAUCACAAAAAGAUCAUAUCAAAAUCGUGUUUUUCUCGUUUUCAUUUAAGAAAACCCAGAUUAUGUUUUGAUCAAUUAGUUUUAAGAACCGGGACUACUUAAUUCGGAGUUGAGCAGCCUCAAUCAGGAAUUUCAGGUGUUUGCAACACGUUCAUUUCAUCGCCACUGCUUACAAAGAACGAGAGAAUUGAGCUGAAGAAGUCCUGCACGUGAAGGUGUUCCAUUUUCAAGUCAAUGAUUGUUAAGUGUAUGUUUUGGUUAUAAAUUUGAACAAUUUGGUGAUGUUAUAGAUUUUUUUUGAUGGUUUGCGAAAUGGGGGACGACAAUCUUGAAGAUGUGGACAUGGAAGUACCUCUUUCUUCCAUGUGGCCUGAAGAUCUUGAUAAAGAAGUCGGAAGAAAAUUUAAUAUAGAAAAGCCUGGAUUGGAUCAAGGUAUGCUAGAACAGGUUAAAACCCAGGAGGAUGCUCUCAAAGUGGAUUUUAAGCGGCUUUAUGAAUUGACAAGUUACAGCGAGAAAGGGUCGAUUCAGUUGAAUAACCUUGUCAAGAGCUGGGAGUAUAAGCAGAAUAAUGCUGUUCGCCUACUCAAUGAAGAGCGUGUCAUCUUAAUUAAACAAAGGAAAGAAAUUGAGCUCAAAAAAUUGGAGAUUCAAGAGGAACAUCGGUUUGACGAAGCAAGUCUAGGUGAUAAGCGGCCAAUAUCUAUAUUUGAAGGAGAUUAUGAUAUAUGGGACGCUGCACCUCGGAGGAGACUGGAUAUUGUUGUUCAAGAAAAGCGAGUCGAAGUAGAUGCUGAGUUUGACACCGUUAAGUACUGGAAGCUGAAGGCAAAGCAACUAGAAAAAUGGUUAGAGGAAAGCUUGCAGAGAGAGCAGGCAUUAGAAGAGAAGCUACAAGAAAACAUCAAAUUGCUCGAGACACAAGCAUCACCAGUAGAAGAAUUGUCCCAGGUGUUAAAAAGAGCCGACAAUUUCUUACACUUUGUUCUCCAGAAUGCACCAAUUGUCAUCGGCCACCAGGACAAAGAUAUGCGAUAUCGAUUCAUUUACAAUCAUUUUCCAAGUUUGGGAGAGGAGGAUAUCAUUGGAAAAACAGAUGUGGAAAUUUUUAGUGGAACUGGUGUUAAGGAAUCCCAAGACUUCAAGAGAGAAGUCAUGGAACAUGGUAAACCUGCAAAGCGGGAAAUCACGUUCUCGACUGAACUAUUUGGGUCAAAGACAUUUUUGAUACAUGUGGAACCUGUAUUUAAUAAGGCAGGAGAAACUCUUGGUGUGAACUAUAUGGGAAUGGAUAUAACAGAUCAGGUAAUAAAAAGAGAAAAGGUUGCAAAGCUUAGAGAGGCAAUAGCUGUACAAAAAGCGAAGGAAACGGAACUUAACAAAACGAUUCACAUUACAGAGGAAACAAUGCGAGCGAAACAAAUGCUAGCAACAAUGUCUCAUGAGAUAAGGUCUCCCCUCACAGGGGUUGUUAGUAUGGCCGAGAUUCUCUCUAACUCGAGACUAGAUCGUGAACAACGGCAAUUGUUGGAUGUCAUGAUGUCUUCUGGAGACCUGGUCUUGGCACUUAUCAAUGACAUUCUUGACCUCUCCAAGGUCGAGUCAGGUGUUAUGAAGUUAGAGGCUACAAAAUUUCGACCUAGAGAAGUGGUAAAACAUGUUCUUCAAACCGCCGCAGCAUCAUUGCAAAAGGAAUUAACCCUGAAAGGACAUGUUGAAGAAAAGGUUCCUUUGGAGGUUAUUGGUGACGUUCUAAGGAUUCGACAAAUUCUUACAAAUUUGAUCAGCAAUGCAGUCAAGUUUACCCACGAAGGCAGCGUUGGGAUAGACCUUUCGGUGGUCUCAGAGCCAUUGCACUGUCUCAGGAAUGGUGAAGUUUCAGAAAAUAAUGGUGCACCUAAUGACAGAAAAAACACAGGAUCGGCUGAGGAUGAAUACAGGGAGGAUAAUCCUCAGAAAUAUGAAAACACCGUGUGGAUCAAGUGUGAUGUAUAUGACACGGGAAUUGGAAUACCAGAAAAGGCAAUACCUACACUCUUUAAAAAAUACAUGCAAGCAAGUGCAGAUCAUGCUCGAAAAUAUGGUGGGACUGGACUUGGCCUUGCAAUUUGUAAGCAACUGGUGGAGUUGAUGGGUGGUCAUCUAACAGUGACUAGUACAGUGAACUCUGGUUCAACAUUUACGUUUCUACUACCUUACAAGGUUUCACCUGAGAGAGAGCCAUCCGAUGACUUUGAAGAUAUGGAUGGUCAUGAAGUUGUUUCCUUAUGCGAUGGAAACACCGAUGAAAUAGAUUCUGGCGUCUAUCUCUUUGAAUCACGCACAUUGAGUUCUUUGUUCUCAUCCGAUGGAUCGUCUUCAAGAACGAGUAAAUCAUCAACAAAUAAAUUGGGAUAUAACAGUAUGAAUAAACUUAACAAAUUCUCACAGGAUACAUUUGCAUUCAAUUCUAAAUACAACUGUACAUCCAGAGGGGUGGCUUCACUCGAAGAUGCCAGUUCCGCGACUGAUGCUGCAAGGCCGUUUUCGCAACCUGGAACUUCACUAGAACAAGACAGAAAUGGAUCUCAUAGAAGUGACUCCAGUCAUAACGAAUCAAACUCCCUCCAACAGCAGAAUUAUGCAACGGAAUCCCCUCGAAGCGAAAGGAAGUGGGUAGAAACAGAUAAGAUUAUGCAAGAUACGGAUCAGAGGCAGGAUCAUGACGGAGGGAAAUGUAAUGGUAGUGCGGAACUAAACAAAACGAAUUGGAAACCUAAAAUCCUUCUUGCGGAAGAUAGCAAGAUUAAUGUGCUUGUAGCAAAUAAAAUGAUGAAGCAGUUAGGUCACACGUUAGAUAUUGUGAAUAAUGGAGCAGAAGCUAUUCGGGCUGUACAAAAUCAUCGAUACGAUCUUGUUCUGAUGGAUGUCUACAUGCCCGUCAUGGGAGGCCUUCAAGCAACAAGGCUGAUAAGAUCUUUUGAGGAAACUGGAAGUUGGGAUGCUGCUGUAGAGGCUGGAAUUGAAAGGCCCGCGUCAGGUUCAUCACAAAAUGGUCAAGAUUCAAGGGCCUCUAAGAGGCGGCUGCCCAUCGUCGCGAUGACGGCAAAUGCCGAGUCAGAGAGUGCUGCGGAAUGUCUAGCAAACGGUAUGGACUCAUUUAUAUCCAAACCUGUUAAUCUUCCAAAACUUAAAGAAUGUUUAAAACAAUUUCUACAAUGUUAACAUAGAAAUCUGUAAAUUUUUGCUUCUGUAUAAAGAAAAAAGAAAAGGAAUGUAAUGUAGGAAAGUUUUGUAAUCAAAAUAUAUCAUCGUUUUGCCAGUUUAGUAGUGUCCUCUCCUGUUAAAUAGUCUCGUUCAUGUACACUACUUGGAAAUUCUGUUAUGGAGCGUUACUGACAGUUAAGAUUUUACGGCGCAA